AUGGCGGACACAUCAAAUGCGAAUGACGACGACAACGAGCUUCGUAUCACCUUUCAGGAUGCCGACAGAAGCGGCGCAGACCGAGGGCGCCUUGCUCGCGGCACAGAUGGCGCAACUCGGACGCGGUCAAUGAGUCGAGCCUCGAGCCGCAGCUCUCGGAGCCGUAUACCUGCCACAUCUCCCUACUCUGGUGUUCAGAUCGAGUACCGUACCCUUUCGAUCAACGUCUCCGAGUCUCGCCAUCACGAGCCCGAUAGUUCUGAUGAUCUCAAGAACUCAAAGAAGGAGGCCGAGAAUUACUUUGCCAAUCUCACCUACCAUGAACUCGACAAGGACCAGGUCUGCCAGCAACUUAAUGUGGCAGCCAACCAAGGUCUUUCCGACAAUGCUGCCAACACGAGACUCCAGCGCGACGGCAAGAACAAUCUACCGCAACCCAGAGUCAACUACUUCAAGAAGCUGUUCUUUUACGUCUUUGGAGGAUUUUGUUCUAUACUAUGGGUUGGAGUCAUUAUCUUCUUCAUUUGCUGGCAACCACUCAGCAACCCUCCUUCUGCAACGAAUCUUGCAUUGGCAAUCCUCGUCUUGAUCGUCAUCAUGCUCCAGGCUGCCUUCAAUGCAUUCCAGGACUGGUCUACUUCGCGCACCAUGAAGUCCAUUGUGGACCUGUUGCCGUCCGAGACUCGUGUUCUCCGCGAGGGUAAAGUGAUUAGCCUACCAGCUACUGAGCUCGUUGCUGGAGAUAUUGUACAGCUUUCUGUCGGCAACAAGGUCCCAGCUGAUCUUCGACUGUUGGAUCACUCUGGCGAUAUACGUUUUGACCGCUCCAUGCUCACGGGCGAGCCAGAAGAGAUUGAGGGCGCCAUCAAUUGUACCGACCCAAACUUCCUGGAAAGUCGAAACAUUGCCUUGAUGGGCACCAUGGUCGUCAACGGUAGCGGAACUGGCAUAGUCGUGCUCACUGGCAAUCGCUCCGUCAUGGGGCGCAUUGCACAAGGCAUGGCCGACGCCAAGGAAGUCCCUACGCUUAUCCAGAAAGAGAUCUGGCGAUUCGUGAGAAUUAUUGUGGUUUUCACGGUUAUUCUCGCACUCUUGAUUGCACUCACCUGGACAUUUUGGUUGCGCCGAGAUCAUCCUUCGUACAUGAAUGUUGUGGCCAUGUUGAACAAUGUCAUGGGCUGUGUUGUGGCGUUUAUCCCCGAAGGCAUGCCUAUUGCCGUGUCGCUGACGCUAAUGAUGGUGGCCCGGCGCAUGAAGGCGAGCAACAUUCUACCCAAGGGCUUAUCGACAGUCGAGACUCUGGGUUGUGUCAAUGUCAUAUGCUCGGACAAGACUGGUACCCUUACCCAGAACGUAAUGUCUGUUGCGUCAGUGGCUUUCGCAGAUGUCAAGUUGUCUCCCGAGCAAGUUCAAGACGCGCUGGUGGGAGACAAUGUGCCAGAGCACCUGAUGAAGCUUUACGAAGCGGCGUCUCUCUGCAAUGAUGCCGCAUUUGACCCCACGACACAGCACCUCCCCUCAGCUGAACGAAAGGUUCAAGGUAACGCAACAGAUGCUGCACUCUUACGCUUCACCAGUUCCGUACAGAAUCAGACUCCCAACUCUAGCCGAAAGGUCUUCCAGAUACCAUUCAACUCAAAGAACAAGUGGAUGUUGACCAUGCUUGAUAAUGUCCAGGCUCAAGAUGCAGGCCGUAGUGCACAUCAAGUGUAUAUCAAGGGCGCCCCAGACGUGCUCCUCGCAGCAUGUACCAGAUAUUGGUCAGUGAAGAGCGGCUCCAUUGAGUGUCUCGACGAUGCAGCUCGCAACUCGAUCAAGACUUCCCAGGAUGAGCUUUCCAAUAACGCGGAAAGAGUCAUUAUGUUGUGUGGAAAGAUCAUGACACCAAUUCACGCACCUGGCACAAAUGAUUUUAGUGACCAUGUGGCUGCCACUGCGCUGCAGGACCUAGUCAUCAUUGGAAUCCUUGGCAUUAUCGACCCACCACGGCCUGAGACGAUGAGGACGGUCCUGGAGUGUCGCAGGGCUGGUGCUCGCUUUUUCAUGGUCACUGGUGAUUACGGUCUUACUGCUGCGGCUAUUGCUCGGAGAAUCGGUAUCUUUGCGCCCGACGCCAAUGUCGAUGAUCUCCAGUCGCUUCGGGCUGAUUCACCGCUGCCAUCGACGGAGCUGCGGGAGAAGAGACUGGCAGGCGAAGGUCGAAGUCUCAUGAUUGAAGGAAAAGAUAUCUCCACCUUGAAUGACGACGACUGGAAUGCUGUAUGCGAGUACGAGGAGAUUGUAUUUGCGCGCACUACGCCGGAGCAAAAGCUUCGGAUUGUGAACGAAUUUCGGGACCGAGACAACGUCGUCGCAGUAACCGGUGAUGGUGUCAAUGAUGCUCCUGCAUUGCGAGCGGCAGAUGUUGGCGUCGCCGUCAUCACUGGUAGUGAUGUUGCCAUCGAGGCGGCGGAUCUAAUUCUCAUGGACAAGUUUGACUCCAUCAUUGACGCGAUUCGACUCGGUCGUCUUGUUUUCCAGAAUUUACAAAAGGUCAUUUCGUAUCUGCUACCAGCAGGAAGUUGGUCUGAAAUCUGGCCCGUUCUUGCCAAUGUCUUCUUUGGCGUGCCACUGCCCUUGUCCUCCUUCCUCAUGAUUAUCAUUUGCGUCUUCACCGACCUGUUUCUGUCUCUUUCAAUCAUCAUGGAGAAAGCAGAAUUCGACCUUCUCUCGCUACCGCCCCGCAAUCACAAGCGCGAUCACCUCAUUACGGCCAAGAUCUAUAUCCAGGCAUAUUUGUUUACUGGCUUCAUGGAGACCUGCAUCGCACAUUCCAUGUUCUUCUUGUACUUCUGGAAAUACGCUGGACUGCCGGUGAGCGAGCUCUUCUUUCUUUUUGAAGGGUACUCGGAGGGCUUUCAUGGCUAUACCCAGGCUGAGCUCACCAACUUUAAUAAUGUUGGCCAAUGCGUGUACUUUGUCACUCUGGUCAUCCUGCAAUGGGGCAAUAUCCUUGCCGUCCGAAAUCGCCGCUUGAGUUUGGUGCAGGCCGACCCAGUCACCAAGAAGAGGCGAAACCCUUGGUUGAUUCUAUCCAUACUCAUUAGUCUAGCGAUUGCCAUUUUUGUUACCGAGGUUCCCGGCAUCCAGAAUUUGUUCGGUACUGCUUCUGUGCCUAUUGAGUUUUGGUUCAUUCCAAUUCCUUUGGCGGUGGCGAUCUUGAUGAUGGAUGAAAUCAGGAAGCUACUGGUUAGGGUCUUCCCCAAAGGACCGAUCGCCAGGAUUGCAUGGUAG